AUGUCUCAAGCCCCCAUCAACCCUAGCCAACUCUCUAGCAACCAGAGCAGACAAGGGUCCGAGAUGAUGAAGUUUUAUCUCGUCACCAAACCCAGCACAACAACAGAAAGACUCGUCCAAGGCAAAAUCAUGUCCAAUCAAGAGAUCGAAGACAGUGUGAAGCAAAAGGAAUCCCAACUAGACGCGAUGGUGAGGCGAGCUAUGGGAGGGUCAUCUCAGAGAACCUAG